AUGCCACAAUUUCACCGCCCAACAAAGCAAGAACUUCUGGCAGCAGCGACGGGUUUCUGGUCCCGACUGAAGGUGCACUUCAAAUGGUUCACCAUCAAGAGCAGCCGGCCGUUUAACAUGGAUGAGAUUGUCGGCUUCAUCUCAUGGAUCGCUCUGGGUCACGUCAUCUGGUUUGUCAUCGGUACGACCACCUUCGUCUCGCUGGCCAUCCUGGCCAUCAAUACCGUCUUCGCGCAGGAGACCCUAGCCGGCUGGAUUGGGAACUACUUGACCAAAUCCUCGGGCUUACACGUCGUCUUUGAGUCCGCCAUAGUACCCAAAUGGGGCGACGGCGUCAUUACGUUCAAGAACGUCUUUGUCUCUCGCCGCCCAGGUCGAACCAAGCCCAACGUGUCCAAGGGUUCGCCAGAAGCAGCUGCCCAGGCAUCCUCGACCGAAGACCCCGUUCCCAGAGAGGAGCAGAAUUACACCCAAUUUGACAUCACCAUUGGGGAGGUCAAUGUGACCCUGUCUUUCAACAAAUGGUGGAACUCGAAAGGUCCCUUACAGAACGUCGAGGUCAAACAUGUGAGAGGCGUUGUCGAUAGGACGCAUGUCUUUGCGACGGGCGAGCAGGUCGAUCCGAAGUCAUACCGACAUGAACACAACCCUGGUGACUUCGAAAUUGAGUCUUUCAAGAUUGAGGAUCUCCUUUUGACUGUACUCCAACCUGAGGGUUUCAGGCCGUUCCCGGUCAGCAUCUACAACGCAGACUUGCCUCGGUUGCGGAAACAAUGGUUAUUCUACGACUUCCUCUCUGCCAACAGCAUUACCGGAGAGUUCGACAAGUCUCUCUUCACCAUCCAUCCUCGCCAGACGCAUUCCUAUACUGGUGUUCAACUCAACGACCCGGAACAUCCUUCUAAUGAGCCUUGGAAGAAGCAGUCUCGCAUUCGCAUAGAUGGGAUCAACAUCGACCACAUCAAUCGCGGCGCAGCUGGACCUUUGUCCUGGAUCCACGAAGGCAAUGUCGACAUUGUGGCCGACAUUAUGAUACCCAACGACAGCGACGACUCGGUCAUAAAAGUCAUGACCGAUUUCUACGAGCGCAUGGAAGCCACGCUUACUUCCAAGAAACAUAUCGAGCAACAGAAUCUAGAUGAUUAUGUCACCGGGGGCGAACCCGUUGCCGUUGGAGGGGUCGUCGUACCUUUGCCCGGUGCUCAAGCAGUGAGAGACGAGGACAAGCGAUUUCUUGUCAUGGAUUUGCGCAUCCACCUGAAUGACGUUCGGGCUGUGGUGCCACUGUUCACGCGUGACCUCUCGUACAUCAACAAUGCACUGAUCCGGCCCAUUGUCGCCUAUAUCAACUCGCGGCGCACGUUCAUUCCAAUCAACUGUAGGGUUGUCAAGCGGCUCUCAGAUUUCGACGGCAGUUGGACGGUAUUUGACUCCGGCUUGAUGGACGACUUGUCGGCCGAGGUGUACGAUGCCUUUGCGAGGGAUGUCACGGACGAGCAGGCCCGGUUGAGACGGUUCAAAAAGGUUGGCCUCUGGAGUUUGCAGCUAGCGGUGCAAGCGAUCUUCCUGGGCAUGGCUGGGAAUAUCGCUUAA